AAAGAGCGUCUUUUAAAUACCCAAUCAGAAUCGGCCUCAAGCAGAGCCCGCUAGCAGACGCGAAGUGCGAAUUUCGAGGUGCUUCUUUUUGUGAUAGUGUCUCCGUGUCUUUCUCAGUUUUCGUGUUUUUCUCGAACCGAGUUCCACCAUCCUUCGGGACACCGGGACAGGUGCUAAGCCUCGCUCGCGAACCCGCAUGUUUUUCAGUGUCGAAGAGCCGAAGAUCGAGCGCAACCCCGAAAAGCUUGGGCCACCGUCCUUCCGCGUUGGGGCUAGGCCUAACUUUAGGCCUAGCUUCCAAACGAUACCGACAGCAGCAACAGCGGCGGCAUCCGAGCCAGUGCAGUCGUCAAAGGUGUCCUCUUUGGCUCGUCGUGGUCGGGGGAUAGCCUUUUGAACGAUGGCCACGUUGAGUCAGGGGAACAGCAACUUCGCCUACCACCAGUUCGCGAAGGACGUCGUGAAACCGGCGCCGACUGCCGCCGCCGCCGAAAACGCCUGCUCCGAGCAGCCACAGUGUCCGACGUCGGACAAAAUGACUACAGAAUCGGUGGCCGAGGUACCCGCGGACUCGACCGGCGACGAUUCGGCCGCCGACUCGGCACCGGUGAUAGACAUUGUGAUAAACAACGUGGUGUGUAGUUUCAGUGUUCGGUGCCACCUGAACCUUCGACAGAUCGCAUUGACGGCCACCAACGUUGAGUACCGCCGAGAAAACGGGAUGCUGACAAUGAAGAUAAGGGCGCCAUACACGACAGCCAGCAUGUGGUCUUCAGGCAAGGUCACCUGCACUGGCGCCACCAGUGAGGAGACGGCCAAGAUGGCUGCCCGGCGGUACGCCCGCAUCCUGCAGAAGCUGGGCUUUCGGGUCAAGUUCAUGAACUACCGGGUGGUGAACGUGCUGGGCACCUGCACCAUGCCCUUUGCCAUCAAGCUCAUUCCCUUCUCCCAGCACAACCGGGGCCUGGCCAGUUACGAGCCCGAGCUCCACCCCGGAGUCACAUACAAGAUCAAAGAUCUGAAAGCUACCCUGAAGAUAUUCUCAACAGGCAGCAUCACAGUCACAGCGCCCAGCGUGGGCAACGUCCAGCAGGCCAUCGAGCACAUCUUCCCGCUGGUGUACGAGUUCCGCAAGGAGCGUGGCCCGGAGGAGAUAGCGCGCAUGCAGGCCCGCCAGCAGCGCAACAGCAUCAACAACAGCAACGCGGCCGCGGCCGCUCUGAACCGGCGGAACAACUACCUCCGGCACCGGGCGGAGCUGCAGGAGUACGACUCGUUCGAAGACGAGGACGAAGAACUGGACGACGAAGAGCUCAUGGAUUACCCCGACUCGGACGAGAGUUGGGACUGAGGCCGCUGCAACAGCCACAUCGACCGCGGCGUCCGAUCCGUCGUACCAGAGAGACUCGACGGCGGCGGCGCGAUGUCGGACGUUGCCCAUCUAGUCCGUCGAUUCUUCCAGUCGCCUCGAGCCGUCAGUUCGCCGUGCUCCUAGUCUCACUCGCGUCGCCCGCGAGGUUCGUCGCGGGCCGGAGCGGCGGGCGCGUCGUCUCAACGCUUUGGAACUGUGCUGCCUGGAAUGCGUCUCCACCCGGUGUUUACCGCAUCAUAGAAAGUGGUGCCUCUACUUCCAGCCGACGGCGUCACAAAAACCACCGGGCUUUCGCGGAGUCGUUUGUUGCCACUUCGGGCCACUUUUUUGACGCACGGGUGGAACAGGGCGCAUUCCAGGCGCCGCGACGGAACGCGUAACGGACGCGACGUUUGGGUCUUCCGUGGGAAGGCUGGCAGCAGGGGACGAGGGCCGAGCAUAGGAAACAAAUUGCGAGCGGACGUCGGCGAACGGGGUCGUCGUCUUACUACUGCCUUUCCGGCCCUCCCACUUCUGCAGCAGCCACCGAGGACGUAGCAAUAAGCGGGCACGGGUCGGAGUUUCCGCGUCGGGAUGUCUGCCCCCGUCUUUUUCGGGUGCGAGAAACCGGGAGAAGAGGGUCUUUUGUCACGACGCGCUCUUGGACCGUCCCUAGACGGGCACAAAGAAGUUUUCGGAGCUUCUGCUGGACUCUUUUUUUUAGAUGCGGGUGGUCUGUGGAGAAUUGCAGACAGCUUAAUUUUUUUAGGUCGCUUCCGAGCUUCUUUUUUUUUUUUUUUUUUUUCUUGUGAGUGGGUUAGUGCAGUGGUUGAGUGUUUCGACUGUUGAGUGUAGCUUUUUUUUUUCCUUUUUACAUUUCAGUGUGUGAAUGCUCUUCGAAAUAAAACUUAAAACAAAAGAAAACCUUUUUCCACAA